UAUAAUUUUGUUUAAUGUUAUUUAUGAUAACCUUUUAAGGAAACUUUUUCAGCAAUAUUGUUCUUAAUCUGAGGUGGAGCGGUUGUCUCCCAACACAGACGUCAAACCAAAACAUAACACCGGACGUCAUGACCUGCCAUAAGGAGGAUGUGCAGGGGGUCAGGGAUCCAAGCCCACUACUUCCACGUCUUCUAACUACACGCCCUCUGCCUCCACGCCCUCUCCCACCACGUCUUACGCCUCCUCUUCCUCUCUUCUCACUCUGUUUCCCCAAACCUCUACAUUUGUCACGUGCUUUGCCUCCAAGUCCUCUGCUGCACCAUCUUCCGCUGCUGUUCUUGCUGGUGUCGUCGACCUGCCAGGGGUCCGCUGCUUCCCUGUUGGAAUUUCACCCUGGACAGUCCCUCGACGCCUCCAUCAUAACACACCAUCUACAGGGCGUGGAAUCCUUCUGUCGAUGUAGCAUGAUGUGUUUUGCGGUACCUUCCUGCUCCGCCCUUACUGCCUUGAACACUACAGAUCAGGGCAUCAUCUGUUACUUCACCAACGCGACUGUUAACUGGGAUGACCUAGCGACCAACGCUACCACCAUCACGUUCACCAGUAAGUACCAGUAACUUACUUCAUACUCAAUAACUUUAUGCCAAAAUAUCCAUACAAUUACAGGUUUUGGUGUAAAGUACAGGCGAAGGGUAACAAG